AAACAGAGAAGACGUUUUGUGCGGAGACUUGAGAGAAUAGAACUCAAACAUGAUGAUACUUUCCUUAGAAAUAUACCAAAGACAGACACAGCUAGGAUUAUUGCCUUACAAGACAAAUUGAGGAAAGAGGGAAAAUUUAAAUCACAGUGUGAUGUUGACAAGUUCUGGGAUGAUAUCAGAAAACCACAUGUCUUUUAUGAACACUUCAAAGUAAAGAAAAGAGAUGCAGUUGCAUAUGAUUUGUCCGAUGAUGACCAGCAAGGUUCACACGAGAACAUUGAAGCUCUACCAGGACCAGAAAUGGCUCCACGUUCAUUAAGUCACAUAUCAGAGGCAUCCAAAGACCGGGAUUCAUGGGCUAUCACACAAAAGUUUGGAACAUCACAUGGACCAAAGACCCCUCAUUCAGGACGUAAAAGGAAAGAUUCAACACAAAUGGCAAAGGAAGCAGCUGUAGAUUUGGAGAAGAGAUGCCCUAAGUUAGAAAUGCCACCAUUAGCCUGCUUUUCUUUGAAACUGGGAGAGAAACCACCAGAUCCAGAAGAGAUUACAAGAAAACUUGAGUUAAAAGCUCGUGAGAAAUCUCGUAAAAAGUUUCAGCGAAAGUUAAACAAGAUGUAUCAGAUGGCAAUGACAAAUACAGCUGCAGCUAAUAGAAUUAUGGCCCAGCAUGGAAAUAUUACAGAUAUACUGGAUGGAGCUGGUCUGAGAGACUUGCGGAAUUUUUGUUGUGAGCCUAGGGGAAUAAGUAACAUUUCAGAACUUGCAGUGUUUGAUGAGCCAUACCCUACAUUGGAGGAUUAUUAUCGUGAUAUCGCAGACCCAAGUCGAGCAAUGGAAGAUCACCCUGGUAUUGACAGACAGAGCAUAGGGAGCCGGUCUCAGCCUAGUACCAGACAGUCCAGUGCAGCAAGCCGAAAACUCACACCAAUUAGUGACACCUCAAGUUCAAAAUCAAGGAAAAAGAGGAAAUCACCAAAGAUGAUAGAACUUACUCCACCUUUACCAUUAUCUUACAAUGAAAUGACUAGCAAAGAAAAGACAAUGGAGCCUAAAUGUAUGAGCACAUUAUGGACAAACUACAUGCAUGCAGGAAAAAGUGUCUUCUCACAAUAAAUAGACUUUACAAUGUUUCUUUUUUUUUCUAUGGAAAUGGAAAAGUAUUAAUUCCAGCACUUAUUGAUACCGAAGUUAAAUAUUGAAAAAUAAUAUAUUUUUGUUUUAAGUCUGUUUUCCUUGUGAAUUUGUUAUAUUCUGUGAUAAAGGUAUGAGGGAAUUUGUAUUAGUUCUUUAGCAUCCUUUUAAAUAACUUAUGAUAAAAUAGCAAAUAUAAACUCUGUUUCACAUGAUAACAGCACACAAUAACAAGUCUCUAUUAAUAUGAUAUGUUUGAAUCAUACUUGUAAUUGUGUUCUGCUCACUUAAUUUAGGCAUCAGGUAUGCUACUUUGGGUAUGUGCACUAUGAAUGUUUAUUUUCAAUGAUUUGUUGAUGAAUAUUUGUAUUUAUCAUUCAAAUCAGUUUUGUAUAAAGUUAUAAUAAAGAAAGGAAAGUACUAUUACAGAAUACUAAGAUGUUUGGUCUAUUAAGACCAAGCUAAAAUAAGGCUUCCAAAAAGUACAUUUCAUUUCAGUUCAUUACACAAAUUUUAUUUCCUUUAGAAUAGAAAGAAUGUAUAUUUCAGGUGAUUUUUUUUAUUUUAAAUGGAACAUCAAUUACUUAGUAAUUCAAUUGUUUUUCUCUAACUUAAACCUAUGAGCAAAGAUCACAUAAGAAACUGUUUAAAAUAUUUGAUUCACUUUUUUCCUGAACAUUAUAAAUAGCAAUUAUUUUGCCUGUUUUAGGUGAUACAUUAAUGUAUAAAUUACUUUAAGUGUGAUGUAAAUUUUGUGCUGUGAUACUGUUUUUUGUUGUUUUAUUAUUAUAUAUAUUGAUAUUAUUAAAAUGUCACAAAUCUUAA